AUGUCGAACCGUACCGAGAGAGUCGCGGAAGAUAACUACGAGAGGGAGAAUGAUCCUUCGCCAGUGGCCGGAACCUUCAGAGAUGACUCCUAUGCGAAAGUAACCAACCCAAACUUGAAAGGUCAAGUCCCUGUUCAGGGAGACAAUCAGCAAUUUGACGAUCCAAUGCAACCUCCUUAUUCCAAUACUGAUCAGCAGCUUGAGGAGGACGAACAAGAGGCGAUCGAUAACUCCAACAUCUUGAGGGGGACCGUCUCCGUCACGCAAAGCCUAGAACCUCGAACAAGUACAGCGAGGGUCCAGAUGAAGAUCUGCCGUGAUUUGCUUUUCCACUACUUUGUACGGGAUAGCUGA